CCGGACGCCAUCACAUCAGACGUUGCGUUGUUUCUAAAAAAAAAAAAAACUGCGUUUCUCGGUCGUUAGUUUUUUUAUUUCCACGGUUAUCAGCACUUUUAAAAACAAUGUUCCUCCUGGGCGUUAAAGUGCUGUUUUGAACAUAUUUUUCGUCUUCGGCACGCGCCAGUGAUUUAAACCCGACAUUAUUUUCUCAGGGAUGUCGAGCAGAAAACGUGAACAUGAACGCAGCAAGGUGUCCAACAGCUCUAAAGGUGCAUCGCAGUUAAAACCCGACACUUGUCAGAUGAUGGCCGAUCAGCGGGGACGUUGACACUUUCUUCAAAUAUCGUACUUUGCGUCUCGUUAAUUUCGGUGGGAUUCUGCAGCGGGCUGGUUUUGGUAAAACUGCAGAAAACAGCGGAGGUUUCGGGCGGAGUUGACGUGAAGCUAGCCGAGCUGGGUGCGUCUGUGGCGGCUGCCUGGUCGCGAUGGGUUUGCUAAUCUAAUCUGCAGCAUCAGAUUAUUUGAAAACCACUGUAGGGUGUCUACAACCUGCUAAAACAUCCUUUUAACUCACCCCUCUCCAAAAACGAGCUCUAAUUGCGUAAAAUCUGGCUCACUUGUUGGCUAAGUUUUGGCAGAUAUGUCUGAAAACGCCCCCACACGAAGCCUGGAUGACAUAGACCUCGCAGCUCUGAGGGAUCCAGCGGGGAUCUUUGAGCUGGUCGAGGUUGUUGGCAAUGGGACAUAUGGGCAGGUUUACAAGGGCCGUCACGUGAAGACAGGCCAACUGGCUGCCAUCAAAGUGAUGGAUGUUACAGAAGAGGAGGAGGAGGAGAUCAAAGCAGAGAUCAACAUGCUGAAGAAGUACAGUCACCACCGCAACAUAGCCACGUACUACGGUGCCUUUGUGAAGAAGAGCCCACCAGGACACGAUGACCAACUUUGGCUGGUAAUGGAGUUCUGUGGAGCAGGAUCCGUGACCGACCUGGUGAAAAACACCAAAGGCAGCUCCCUGAAGGAGGACUGGAUUGCUUACAUCUGCAGGGAGAUCCUAAGGGGCCUUUCUCACCUUCACGCCCAUAAAGUUAUCCACCGAGACAUCAAAGGCCAGAACGUACUGCUGACGGAAAAUGCAGAGGUCAAGCUUGUUGAUUUUGGCGUGAGUGCUCAGUUGGAUCGGACUGUCGGACGCAGGAACACUUUCAUCGGUACUCCUUACUGGAUGGCACCUGAGGUCAUUGCCUGUGAUGAGAACCCAGACUCCACCUACGACUUCAGGAGUGAUAUUUGGUCUUUGGGAAUAACAGCCAUAGAGAUGGCAGAGGGAGCUCCUCCUCUGUGUGACAUGCACCCAAUGAGAGCCCUGUUCCUGAUUCCCAGGAACCCGCCUCCAAAACUUAAAUCCAAGAAAUGGUCCAAGAAGUUUAUUGACUUCAUAGAAGGCUGUCUUGUCAAGACGUACCACAGCCGACCAUCCACAGAGCAGCUGCUGAAGCAUUCCUUCAUCAGAGACCAGCCCACGGAGCGGCAGGUCCGAAUUCAGCUCAAAGACCACAUUGACCGAACGCGCAAGAAGAGGGGGGAAAAAGAAGAGACUGAGUAUGAGUACAGUGGGAGCGAUGAAGAGGAUGAAAACCGUGGUGAUGAUAGAGAGUCAAGUUCGAUCCUCAAUGUGCCCGGCGAGUCCACAUUGAGACGAGACUUCCAGCGGCUGCAGCAGGAAAACAAAGAGCGCUCCGAGGCUCACAAGAGGCAGCAGGCCCAACUGGCAGCUCAGCGCCGGGACCCUGAGGAGCACAAGAGGCAGCUGCUGCAUGACCGCCAGAAACGCAUCGAGGAGCAGAAGGAGCAGCGCCGUCGACUUGAAGAGCAACAGAGAAAAGCUGCAGCAGAGAUGGUGAGGCAGCAAGAAAAAGGUCCCCAUCGGAGACUUGACGAUAUGAGACGAGAGGAAGACAGAAGGCUGGCGGAGAGGGAGCAGGAGUUUAUAAGACACAAGUUAGAGGAGGAGCAGCGGCAGUUAGAAAUCCUUCAGCAGCAGUUGCUUCAGGAGCAGGCACUGCUUAUGGAGUAUAAACGCAAACAGCUUGAGGAGCAGCGUCAGUCAGAGCGGCUGCAGAGGCAGCUGCAGCAGGAGCAUGCCUACCUGGUGUCUCUGCAACAGCAGCAGCAAGAAAAGAAGCCCCAGCUUUACCAUUAUAACAAAAACCUUGAGCCCAACAACAAACCUACCUGGGCCCGUGAGGUGGAGGAGCGGAGUAAGCUUAACAGACAGGGUUCCCCCAAAAUCUGCACGACUGUUUCUGACACCGCCAUACAGUCACGCUCGGACUCCAUCAGCCAGUCGGGAAUGGUCCAGUCUGCGCAGACCCCACCAAUGCAGAGACCAGUUGAGCCCCAAGGGGGUCAGGGGAAGUUCCAGAUGGCUCACUUGGUUCCUCUGAAGCCUUACGCUGCCCCUGUCCCUCGCUCUCAGUCCCUCUGUGACCAGCCCACUAAGAACAUGUCCGCCUUCCCCACCCAGGAUCCCUCCCUCAACCCCACACCCCGCCCCACCCAUUCCAGGGAGCUUGUGCGCCAGAACUCGGACCCCACUUCUGAAACCCCAGGACCACAGGGGCAUCAGAUGAGGGAGGAUCGUGGCCCUUGGAUUCGCCUGCCAGAUGUUGAGCUCCCACCUAAGAUUCCUCAGAGGACUGCAUCUAUUGCCACAGCUCUCAACACCAACCUUACCUCUGGCAUCAGACAUCCAGUAAGAGCCAGCAAUCCAGAUCUUAGCCGCAACGAUCGCUGGGAACGAGGAGACAGCAUAAACAUAAUUUCCAAUCUUCCCCAGACGGGUUCCCUGGAGAGGCACCGUAUCCUCAGUUCCUCCAAAAUGGAUUCACCCGUUCUCUCCCAUGAAGGUCGCCACAAGCCGGGAGAAUCUCGAACCUCAUCUCGUCCUGGGCGCCCUGCUAGUUACAAGAGAGCUAUAGGGGAGGACCAUGGCCUCUAUGCCAAGGAGCGUGCUGAGGAGCCACCAAGGCCCCCUGUCAAGGCCAACGAUUACUCCUCCUCUUCAGAAAGCAGCGAGAGCAGUGAAGAAAGCGAGAGUGGCGAGGGAGCAGAAGAGGAGGAAAGCUCAACAGAUCGUCAAAGGGAUGCAGACUCUGAUUCAGUCAACACCAUGGUGGUCCAUGAAGACGAGGGAGAGGUGGGGGAAGGAGAGCAGGCUGGAGGUUAUGGGGAUCAGACCAUGCUGGUGCAGCGAACCCCAGAGAAGAGGAGCCACAAUGGAUACACAAACUUGCCAGAUGUGGUGCAACCUUCCCACUCUCCCACUGAGUCAGCCACUCACUCCUCUCCUGGGAAAGACUCAGUUUAUGAUUAUCAGUCCAGAGGUUUGGUGAAGACGUCUGCCAAGUCUUCUUUCACGACGUUUGUGGAUCUUGGCAUGUACCAGUCACCAGGAGGAACGGGGGACAACAUGUCCCUCAGUAACUCCAGGUUUGAGCAGCUGAAGAUGGAGGUAAGGAAAGGGUCCAUGGUGAACGUCAAUCCUACCAACACACGUCCUCCCAAUGACACCCCCGAGAUCCGCAAAUACAAGAAGAGGUUCAACUCUGAGAUCCUGUGUGCUGCACUGUGGGGUGUGAACCUGUUGGUGGGCACAGAGAAUGGUUUAAAGCUGCUGGACCGCAGUGGUCAGGGGAAAGUUUACCCCCUCAUCAACUCCCGCAGGUUCCAACAGAUGGACGUCCUUGAGGGUCUCAACCUGCUCAUCACCAUAUCAGGCAAGAAAAACAAGGUACGUGUUUACUACCUGGCGUGGCUGAGGAAUAAGAUCCUCCACAAUGAUCCUGAGGUGGAAAAGAAACAGGGUUGGACCACUGUGGGGGAAAUGGAGGGCUGUGUGCACUACAAAGUGGUGAAAUACGAGAGGAUAAAGUUCCUGGUGAUCGCUUUGAAGAAUGCCGUGGAAGUUUACGCCUGGGCGCCCAAACCUUAUCACAAAUUCAUGGCCUUCAAGUCGUUUGCAGACCUUCCACACAGGCCUGUCCUGGUCGACCUGACGGUGGAGGAAGGUCAGAGGCUGAAGGUCAUCUACGGGUCUUGCGCUGGCUUCCAUGCUAUCGACGUGGACUCCGGAAACAACUACGACAUUUAUAUCCCCGUUCACAUCCAAAGCCAAGUGACCCCACAUGCCAUUGUGUUCCUGCCCAACUCAGACGGCAUGGAGAUGCUGCUGUGCUACGAGGACGAGGGGGUUUACGUCAACACCUACGGACGCAUCAUAAAGGACGUUGUCCUGCAGUGGGGCGAGAUGCCCACCUCUGUUGCUCAUAUCUGCUCCAACCAAAUCAUGGGCUGGGGGGAAAAGGCCAUUGAGAUCCGUUCUGUGGAGACGGGCCACUUGGACGGUGUCUUCAUGCACAAAAGAGCUCAGAGGCUGAAGUUCCUUUGUGAGAGAAAUGAUAAGGUGUUCUUUGCUUCGGUGCGCUCCGGAGGCAGCAGCCAGGUGUACUUCAUGACCCUGAACAGAAACUGCAUCAUGAACUGGUGAAGGAACGGCUGCUUCUGGUCAGUGUCUGAAAACCCAGCAGGGUCCGGAGAACCGAGCGCAUCCUCAAGAUCUCACGAACGCAUGCACACGAUUGUGAACACCCCUCCUUUUUCUCGACAGUUCCUUCAACACUUGCCCUGCAAUGACAAAGACACACACACACACACACACACACACACACACACACACACACACACACACACAUCUCUGAAUCCAUUCCAGCCUACACUCCUUAUGAUUUCACCAGAGGCCCCCGAUGAGUCUCCCUGGGAUCAUCCCGACAACAGCUGACGAGUUUCAAAAUGUUUUGGUUUGAACCAUGUGUGUAUACUGUAUAAAUUUAUAUAUAUCCAGCUUGAUUUACUUUGUGAACCUGUCUUUUAGUUUUAACUAUUUAGUUCCUAAUUGUGGAGUACGUUAGCACACCUCGAUGGCUCUGCGGUGCGUAA